CUGGUGUCACCUGUGGUUGGAACACUGCUCGGGGAUCUUCGCUUCUGUCAGUCUCCUGGGCAUCAUGUCUUGUUUCAAGCAGCCUAAGCACUUCCAGAGUCUCAUAGUUCUGCACUGGCCCUUGUGCUAUGUUGUCAUACUUUGGAUCAUGACCCCAUUGUUUAUUUACCUGAUGUUUACAUCGUUAUGGCUGCUACCAACCCUUUACUUUGUCUGGUAUUUCCUGGACUGGAAGACCCCAGAACAAGGUGGACGGCGAUCUGCCUGGGUAAGGAACUGGUAUAUCUGGACUCAUGUCAGGGACUAUUUCCCCAUCACGAUCGUGAAGACUAAAGACUUGUCACCUGAGCACAACUACCUAAUGGGGGUUCACCCACAUGGCCUCUUGACCUAUGGCGCCUUCUGCAACUUCUGUACUGAGGCCACAGGCUUCUCGAAGAUCUUCCCAGGCAUCACACCCUACUUGGCCACGCUGUCCUACUUCUUCAAGAUCCCCUUGAUUAGGGAAUACCUCAUGGCCAAAGGUGUUUGUUCUGUGAGUCAGCCAGCCAUUGACUACCUGCUGAGCCACGGCACUGGCAAUCUCGUGGGCAUUGUCGUGGGAGGGGUGGGCGAGGCCCUGCAAAGUGUGCCCAACACCACCACCCUCAUCAUCCAGAAGCGCAAGGGGUUUGUGCGCACUGCCCUCCAACAUGGGACUCAUCUAGUCCCUACCUUCACUUUUGGAGAAACCGACGUAUUCAAUCAGGUGGUGUUCCAUCAGGACAGCAAGAUGUUUAAGUUCCAGAGCUGGUUCCGCCGUAUCUUUGGUUUCUAUUUUUGUGUCUUCUAUGGGCGAGGCUUCCCUAGAGGCUCUACUGGGCUCCUGCCAUACCCACUGCCUGUCACCACUGUGGUCGGGGAGCCUCUGCCAGUGCCCAAGAUUGAGAAGCCAAGCCAAGAGGUGGUGGACAAGUACCACGCACUCUAUAUGGAAGCCCUGCAGAAACUGUUUGACCAGCACAAGACCAAGCAUGGCUUAUCAGAGACCCAAAAGCUGCUUUUCUUGUGAUUGAAGAGGCUGUGUGCCCAAGACAGAGUUCCUGAGCCCUG